GGUGGUAACACUUACAGUCCAAUCUAAAAAGAAAGCUGUAAAGAAAUGUUUGGUUAAUUGUGGCGUAGCUAAUAUAAAUUUAUAAAAAAAAAAAAAUAUGUUUUAUGCACAUUUAAUUUUGGCCAAAAAAGGCCCAUUGGCCCGAGUAUGGUUGGCUGCUCACUGGGAUAAGAAAAUAACAAAAGCGCACGUAUUCGAAACAAAUAUUGAGAAAUCCGUGGAAGGUAUAAUGCAACCAAAAGUAAAAUUGGCGCUUCGCACUUCGGGGCAUCUAUUGUUGGGUGUCGUUAGGAUUUAUUCGCGGAAAGCAAAGUAUUUAUUGGCGGAUUGCAAUGAAGCAUUUGUUAAGAUCAAAAUGGCCUUUAGGCCUGGCAUGGUUGAUCUUCCCGAAGGACAUAGGGAAGCAAAUGUAAAUGCAAUCACUUUGCCAGAAGUAUUUCAUGAUUUUGACACAGCCUUGCCCGAGUUGAACGAUAUAGACAUUGAAGCCCAAUUUGCGAUAAACCAAUCUAGAGCAGAUGAGAUCACUAUGCGAGAGGAUUAUGGUGGUAGCUUGUCACUUUCUAUUCACGAUGACGGUUUUGGUGAUAUGGGAUUUGAAGGCGACACUCCUGAUUUGAUACGUGGUCCAAUAGAUGCGAAUAUAGAUGAUCAAUUAUUUGGUGAUGGUGGCAUGGCGGACGUUACAUUGGUAGAUGAACCAAAAAUAACAUUAAAUGAUACAGAUUUGGUAAACUCACGAUUAGAUGGAGAUGGUUUUGGGGAUGAAUUUGGACAGCCUGAACUUUUUGAAGACGAUCUUUUCGCUGAACCGCCAUUAGAUACCAGUGACAAUAAUUUAAAAGCUGUCAUUGGUGCUGCACAAGAAUCUGAUGACGACGGCAUGGAUCACAUGGAUAUUAGACCACCAUCUGUGGCAUCCAGUUGUGAACAUCUAUCCGAAGCAAAUGAAGUAGAGAAGGAAGCUCACAAAGAUGAGGGUAACGAAGCUUUAGGAAAUUCAAAGGAAGAGGAAAAUCCUUUGGACCAGUCAACAUUGCUGCAAAAUGAAGAUGAAAGCUUUGCCUUGGCCCCCAUAGAUGCCUCGGCAUACAAAGGUGUCACCAAAGCUAAACGCAAACGUAAGCUAAUUGUUGAUGAAGUCAAAAAUAUAUCUGGCGAAGAAAUGAAGGCGCAAUUGGCAAACACAACGGAUAUUGUAACAACAUUAGAUUUGGCACCGCCAACAAAACGACUCACUUAUUGGAAGGAAACUGGCGGUGUGGAAAAAUUAUUUUCACUACCUUCUAGAACUAUCCCGGCCAGAGCUUUGUUUUUAAAUUACCAACGUCAUUUAGUGUCCCGUUGUUCAGCACUCGAAGACUUUUCUAUACUUGGUCCAUCUGACUUGUUGGCUAUAGAGCAUAUACAGAAUGAAAAUGAUGCAAAUGUCAUAAACAACAAACGCGGUCGUAAACGAAAGCAUGAGCUCCAACCAGUACAGCAAAUCAUUGCGGAUGUGACGGCACAAAGUUUGGCAGCACCAGAAACAGUGCGAGACCUUGAACACAGUGUUGGUCAAACACAAUAUUCGUUGGCAGAGAAUUUAAUACCACCGGCGGAGAGCUCUUUGUUUGACAAUAUGCGCAGUCCCAGCCGUAUGCUAAGCAUGAAUGAAAUCAAUGGUAUCGAAAAUUUAACAUCACUCAACGAUUUACCUCUGACGCCGAGUAACAUGCAUCACGGUAUCGAUGCAUCCGAUGAUUUCAAUCAUGGCGACGUGACGCCCGCAGGUCUACAUCAUGGAGACCAAACUCCGCAUCAUUCCAGUAUUGAACAUAUCGAUAAUUUACCCAAUCUACCAGCCGAUCAAGUGUCAUCUAUAUUACAAGAAGCUGAGAAUAUACCAAAUAUCCAACAAGAUAUACUAGCAGGCAAGGCGCAACGAACUAGCGAUAUAUCUACAGAUUGGAAUGAUUACGAUUUACCGCCACCACCGCCAAAUCCUGCUGAAGAGCAAUUGGAAAACGAAACAGAUGAACAAUUUGAGGAGCGCGUACUCAAUAAACGAGCAGCACAAUUGUUCUAUACCGUUAAAUCUCGUUUAAUAAAACAGGAUUGCCUAAUAUUAUCUGCAUUAACAGUGAAUAACUCCAGGAAGCAGGCGGCACAAAAGUUUUACUCGUUAUUGGUACUGAAAAAGUUCCGAGCACUCAAUAUCGAACAGACCCAGCCAUAUGCGGAUAUAGAGAUAUCAAGAGGGCCGCUAUUUGAAAAUCCAAAAUUAUAAAGCAUGAUAAAAUUUAAUAUAUUUUCUUUUAUAUUAUUAUAAUUAUUAUAUUUUAUAUUACGA